UUUUGGUUUCGUUUUCUGUAUAGAGAAAUGAUAAAGCGAAUGCUUUAAAGAUCAGCGGAGCUCUUCCCUUCUUUAAAGUAACACACAGAUCUCUCACAGCUGAAGUGACAGCAGCACAGAUGGCGAUUGAUCUUCGACCGUACCAGGAAGAGGUGGUGCAGACUGCUCUCAGAGGAGAGAACAGCAUCAUUUGGCUCCCCACAGGUGGAGGAAAAACCCGUGCGGCUGUCUAUGUCACCAAGAGACACUUGGAGACCAAAGCCAAUGCUAAAGUGGCGGUGCUUGUCAACAAGGUGCACCUGGUUGACCAGCACUAUGAGAAGGAAUUCAAACCUCUUCUUGGGAAAGACUAUAAGAUCAUGCCCGUCAGCGGUGACAGCGAUGAAAAAGACUUCUUUGGACGCGUGGUCAAGAAGUCAGACGUGGUGAUCUGCACUGCUCAGAUCUUGGAGAACGCCCUGACCAACAUGGAUGAGGAGAAACAUGUGGAGCUCACAGACUUCACCCUGCUGGUCAUAGACGAAUGCCACCACACAAAUAAGGAUGCCGUCUAUAACAAAAUUAUGAGCCGCUAUGUGGAAAAGAAAGUGGAUAAAGAAGGAAAUUUGCCUCAGGUUUUGGGUCUUACAGCAUCACCUGGUACUGGAGGAAACAGGUCAUUGGAUAAAGCUGUUGAACACGUCCUGCAGAUCUGUGCCAAUCUGGAUUCUGUAAUUGUGUCCACCAAGAAUAACAAACCAGUGCUGAAAAAAGUCGUCCCCAGGCCAAUAAAGAGAUACGACAUUGUUGAAAAAAGACAUCUGGACCCGUUUGCUGACCAUCUAAAGUUAAUGAUGUCAAUGAUUCAUGAGUUCAUGCCGCCAACAGUGAGUGUGGGUCUGCGUGAGAAGGGCACCCAGGAAUAUGAAGCUGAUGUUGUGGAACUGCGCAAAACAGGUGUACUGCAGGAGAACAGAUUGAUAGCUCAGUGCGCUCUGCACCUGCGGCAAUACAACGAUGCUCUGCUCAUUAAUAGCACUGUUCGCAUGGUGGACGCGUUUCGGCUUCUGGAUGAUUUCUACAAAUCAGUGGAAAACAACUUGCUGGAUGGCACUGACUUUUUUCUCCAGGGGCUUUUUGAAGAGAACCGUGUGGAGCUAAAGCUGCUGGCGUCGAACCCCUGCUUCGAAAACCCCAAACUGGCCGAGUUGGAACACGUGCUGGUUGAACAGUUUAAAGACAAAAGCUCUCGUGGGAUCAUCUUCUCAAAGACCCGCAGAGGAACCCACAAUCUUCUUGAGUGGGUUAUCUCAAACCCUGAGCUGCAGAGGGUCAACAUCCAAGCUGGUAUUCUCACUGGAGCGGGCACGGGUGCACAACACAUGACCCAGAGUGAACAAAAGGAAACUAUUAAAAAAUUUCGAGAUGGAGGCCUCAACCUCCUAAUUUCCACCAGUGUAGCUGAGGAAGGACUUGACAUUAAGGAAUGCAACGUGGUUGUACGUUAUGGGCUGUUGACCAAUGAAAUCGCUCAGCAGCAGGCCAGUGGGCGGGCUCGAGCUGAGAACAGCAUCUACUCAGUGGUUGCUGAAGAAGGGGGACGUGAACUACGCAGGGAACUCACCAAUGAGUAUCUGGAAGAUCUGACUGCAAAAGCUAUUGAACAAGUGCAAAGCAUGAAUCCCAGGGACUUCAGACUAAAGAUUUCAGAGCUUCAGAAAACUGCUGUUAUGGUUCGGAUCAUAGCUGAAAAGAAGAUGGAGGAGAGAAGUCAGCGCUUCAUUCCUGCUGGUGUACAGUUUCUGUGCAACGGGUGCUUUACUCCUGUUUGCCAUGGAGAUGAUUUCAGAAGUAUAGAGAAUUCACACCGUGUUAACAUCAAUCCUCUGUUUAAGCGGUAUUAUAAUGUUGGUGGUCAGGUGACUUUGGAGAGAAGGUUUGAAGACUGGGAGCCUGGAAGGGUUAUCAGCUGCAGUAAAUGUGGAAAGAACUGGGGAUGGGAGAUUAAAUACAAGAAAGUGGCAAUACUCCCCUGUUUAAAACUAGAGAAUUUUUCAUUGAAUACUCCUGAAGGCAAAUGUUCACCUAAGAAGUGGAAAAAAGUUCCUUUUCAAGUGCAGGAUUUUGACUUUACUAAAUACAUGGAAGACCGUUUAGAUGAUCUGGACCUAGACGACUAACACCAGCAAAACUCUUUUAUAGCCACUGUGACAGCAGUUCACUAUGUGUUGUUUUGGUGUGUGUACUGUAAAAAAAAAUGCAGCAUGAAGUUAAAACAACUUGGUUUUGCAAGUCAAUUCAACAUACUAUUUUAAGUUUUGACGUGAAAAGUUGACAUAACUAGUUGAAGUUGUUUAACUUAAUAGGCUUUAUGCCCAGCUGCACUACUUCCUGAACUUCA